AGACUUGACGGUUAUUUGUGAGGACAGGUGGGAGCUCCGGUUGGACGAGCUGCUGUUGUUCUCAAUACAAAGAGAAUGUAGCCGGAGAAACACUCCCAUUUCACGUUCAAUUUAAACAUGUAAACGGUCUUCUCGAUUUGACCAACAGAAGUCCACUAAGAGGAGAAAUUAUGACCGUUUUUAUGUGAGAAAUGUCCCGCCGAGAAGAGAGAAAUUCAACAGAAACUGCGCAGUCAUAAUUUAAUGGGAGCGGUGACCUGAGCAGGUAAGUCUGAAAAUGUCGACUUUAAUUUGAGGUUAAUGUUACCAUGUACUCAUGUUUGAAGGAGUUCGGCUAAGGUUAACACGUUUGAGAUAAAUGGGAGGAGGAAUUUCCCGCCUGUUUGUCCACUUUACAUUGUUUUUAAAAUAAUCAAUUAAACUUGCGCUAAUAACCGAAAUUAGCCUCUUUAUUCUGUUGAAUUUUAAGUGUUUUACGUGUUAUGUAAACAGAAGCUUUGUAAGGAUGCUAAUUACUUCCGCAUAGGACCGUCUGUGACAGUCACUGACGGACAGGCGGUUUAGAAACUGUGGUCCGGGGACCCUGAGCGGUCGGUGGAGUCACCCUGUACCAGCCCUCAUACUUGUGGUGUUUGACUCAUCCAGAAACGAGUUUCUGAGCUGGAAAAAGCACGUGAAUGGCACCUUAAAUAGAAUCAAUAGAAGUCUGAAUGAAUUUGGUGUUUGUCAUCAAACAUGGCAGUCGAAUCUUGUUCUGUUCCUGCUGUCAAACCUUUUUGUAAAUUAACAUGUCACACAUCAAUUCUUUGCUCAAAUAAAAAUUCUUAUAUAGUAAAACCAUCAGCUGCUGUCUACACAAUGUGACCACCACUCAGUAACAUUUCUAAUAUUGAUGCUGAGGGAGCCUGUAUUAGUAAUCAAUGAUUUCAACUCCACAGCUGUUCAUGCGGUGUGUUUAUGUGUGUAAGUAUAGAAAAAAAUAUGAUCUAAUUUAACCAGGUCUUGGUUUAAACACCUUUACCCUAGAACACUAUCGCUAAAAUUAGAAACACCAUCAUCACUAUCGCCAGGUGAUUUUUAUCCAAAAUAAUAUACCCAAGAAAAAAAUAACUAUCAUCAAAUAUAUCAAAAUAGGACGAUAAGUAGUUUUCUUUUAUUUUUAUCUGUGCAAUGUCCAAAUGGAGGGAAAAAGUGCCAUGAGGGGACCAAAAUAUGGCAGAUUUUGAGUGAGUAAAAAUGACCAGCUGACUCAAAUAAUUCUUAUCACCAUAUGAAUUUCCUUGAAAAUCACUACUUUGUGUGCUAAAUAAAGAUAACAUGCAGAUUCCAGGACCACUCUUACUGACCUUAUUCCUACACGCAGCUAUCAAAUCCACCUAAACCUUCUUUGUUGUCUUUGUGUUGGUGGCGUGAUGUUUUGUGUUUUUUUUGUGACUGAGCACUGCAAUGGAGUGCUAACUGUGAAUGUAGACUCCAGGAAGAAUAGCAGUGGCCUCAGCCAAAGUUAAUGGAGAUCUAAAUAAACGAAACGAAACGAAACCCUCUAUCACUAUCGUUGGGUGAAAAUCAUCCUAUGAACACGUGUCUGUAGGACAAAGCAGGUUUUGGAUCAGGGAAACAAAUACAAUCCUGAAGCUACCCAGAGACCCAUGAUACUCAAACAAACGUAACAUCAUGAAAAUCACGUGAACAUGUUUGGUCGGGUGAAAAUCAGGAUAGUGUUCUCGGGUUAAUGUAAAGAAAAAUAAAUGUGACUUCUCUGACUUUUCUGAUUUAAGUGCCUAAGAGCUUAAAAUGUUUGUUUUUUCUCCUCGUAUUAGAAGCCGUUGCGAAUUUGACAAUACUUUUUUUUAGUACUGUCUGUCACAGAUUUACUGCUCGUGCUUCGCCUGCAGCUGAACAGGACUUUGGUGGGCAGAGCAGACCAGGCUGCAGGCUGAGAAGUGAAGUCUGCAUCAUUUGCUUGUUAAAUGUUCUCAUUUCCUUAUCUUCCAGAUAUGGCAGCUGACGACAAGGUUGCCAUCCUGACAGACGAUGAGGAGGAGCAGAAGAGGAAGUAUGUGUUGGCCGAGCCGUUUAACACCCUGUCGCUGCAGCCUCAGGCGGGGGAUUCUUCGGCACCUGUGCCCUCCUCAGGCACACCACCUGAACAGCCUCUUCCCCCGGAUUCGGACUCUAUCGACUGCUGUGAGAGGAUGUGUCUACGCAUCAACAGCCACCUCCUCGUCUCCAAAGUUUUCUACUUCUUCUUCUAUGCUGCUUACGGCUCGCUGCACCCACUGCUGGCCGUGUAUUAUAAGCAGCUUGGCAUGUCAGCAGGCCGCAGUGGGUUGCUCGUUGGCAUUCGAUACUUCAUUGAGUUCUGCAGCGCCCCCUUCUGGGGAGUGGUGGCGGACCGCUUCAGAAAAGGGAAGGCGGUGCUGCUGUUCUCUGUCCUGUGCUGGCUCGUUUUCAACUGUGGCAUCGGCUUCGUCAAACCAGCUGAGAUGAAGUGUGUGGAGAAAGGGGUUACAGCGACAGUGGCGCCGGAGACGACCACGCCCCUGAUCGUUAACUUUACAGAUCCAAGCAACUCCACCAACCACACCAGGAGUCGCCGCAGCUUUUUUGACGUCCCUGGACUUCAUGAACUCUUAGACACUUAUUUAAACGUGCAGCGCAGGCAUGUGCGACGUGUGGACGCUAACGCCACCGUUGCACCCAUCGCACUGGCUAACCCAACCAAGAACACGGCAAAUAACACGACUAUCCUCACCACCACCACCUCCACCACCACAACCCCUGUUCCGACCAAAGCCAAGGAGUACCAGAUCAUCUUCAACAAGGACCAGGUAGAGACCAUCUUUCUGCUCAUCCUGCUCGUCAUCAUCGUUGGCGAGUUCUUCAGCGCCCCGGCCGUCACCAUUGUUGACACGGUGACGUUGCACUACCUCGGCAAAGCCCGGGACCGUUAUGGCCUGCAGAGGAUGUGGGGCUCACUGGGUUGGGGUCUGGCCAUGCUGCUAGUGGGGAUCUGGAUCGACCACACACACGUCACGGUCAAGAUUGACGGGGUCGGCUGUGUCGUCCCUGAAUAUCGUCUCCACAACUACCAGAUCGCCUUCAUAGUCUUCGGUGUGUUGAUGGGCGUCGCAUUGAUUGUGGCCACGCAGUUUUACUUUGAAAAGGGUGCAGACUACAGACAUGAGAUCCCUGAGGGGGUAGUGGCAGAGGCAGACACCCCCGGAGCUGCACCUGAGGCCAGCUCCUCAGACCAGACUCCCAUCAGCCCCAACGCUCCUCAGGAGUUCUAUUACAGCGACCUCCUGAAGCUCCUGUGCAGCGUGCGUUACGGCUCCGUCCUCUUCGUCGCCUGGUUCAUGGGCUUCGGCUACGGCUUCGUCUUCACCUUCCUGUACUGGCAUCUGGAGGACCUGAAGGGGACCACCACCCUGUUCGGGGUGUGCUCAGUGCUGAGUCACGUCUCAGAGCUCGCUGCCUACUUCACCAGCCACAAGUUUAUCGAGCUGGUCGGACACGUCAGGUAAGACACAACGGAGAGAUCACACUGAUACAACAAACAGCUUUUGAUUCUCAACUUUUUCAUGUUUAGUUCAUGUUAGAAUAAAAGGUCCAAAUAUUUUAUCUGACGCUGUACAGUCGUAUAUUUUUGAGUCUUAAGUGGAGAAGUUCAAACAUGCACAAGUAUUCUAGGAAAUCCCUCUGUAAGUACCAUGCCAGGCUGAUAAUUAACUUCUUAGUUCUUAGUGCAUCACUGUGCUUCAUACUCAGCUGUUAAAUCCAUCCUGCCCUCUGCAGCAGCAUGAGGACUGACUGACUGACUGACUGACUGACUGGGACAAUGGUGUCAUUGAUGCUCAGGGUUUCUGUUGGAGUGGAGAUUCGGGGGUUGGACUCUCAGACCUCACAGGCAGCGGGGACAUUUGAGAUCGUGGUGUUAGAUUUCAGAGGUAGCCUCCAGGCUGCAGCUCUGUACCUGCUCAGGAAACUCUGAAACAAGCCCUGACUCCACAGCAGUCAACAGGAGACAGAAUUGAAGUCAAUUCAUCACUAUUUACAGCUGCUGCUGCUAUGAGUGAGAUGAAGGUUUAGUGUGUAAUAUUUAUCAGCACCUUCAUACAAAAAAAUCAUUUGGCUUUUGGUCGUCUAAAUGGACCCUUUUAUAUCCACAGUGGAGAGGGUCCCCUUCCAUCUUGCACUGCCGUGUUACUACCUCCACACAGGAUGGAGAAGCUCGUGGCGUACAUGUUUUUGUGUUCAGGAAGUGGCCGUGUAAACUGCACCUGCUGGAAGAGGAAGAGGAGGGGAGUGGUUGUUGUUGCUGUGUGCAGAAUUUAUAUGUUAUAUUAUGACUCACAUGAGCUUUUUGUCCUCAAAGGCUGCCGUCACUUAACUGACAGGAGAGGUGAGCAAGGCAGCCUCUCAGUCUGGAAUCUGACUGCUCCAUAUUGCUGACACAACUCAUGUCUACAGCAGUGAAAAAAGUCUGAAAUGAAGUCUUGAUCAGCUGUUUUUGUCUCAUUGAAAGUAAAAACCAAACGGGUAUUAAGUUUAUGACGAUUAUGAAAGAGACAAAAACGUUGAAACUUGAUUUAGGCGAGUUUUAUUUUAGUGUGAAAACCUCAAACUACAACUCCCUCUGCGCUCACCCGUGUUGAGUUUUAGUUCUGAGGCAUAAAUUACCGAAUCAGCUGGGCUCCACCUCUGGUCCCGUCGUCGUCACAUGUGUCUGUGUUAUUAAACGCUGCUCCUAAUCGAAGAUAAAUCAUGUGUAUCCUUCCCUCACUGUAUUUGAAUAUUUUAAAAACAUGUUCUCUGCUGUAACAACAGAAGGUGCGGGACUUUCUGACAUUCCUGUUGUGUUAUUUAGAGAGCCUCUUUUUUUUUUUAUCUCCAGGACAAACAAACGGAUCGGCACACACCCUCAGAGCGUUCAGUAGUUCAUCAGCAGACAGGAUCACUUCAGUGUUUGUUCAUCCAGAGAACGUUUGCUGAGCACACACACAGAAAAGACACAUGACAGCCCAGGCUUUCUCUCUCUCUGAAAAGCAGGAAUCGUUUUAAAUCCACUGAAGCGUAGAAGACUAAUGUGAGAUUUUAGAUUCAAACUAUUGUUCAGUGACUCAGCUCUUUCUAACUGCCCUGACAAGUUCGCCUGGACAAACAAAUGAAGCAAACCUUUUAACUAAGAGCUAUUAAAAAUGGGAGUAUGCUGUGAGCUUAGGACUGCUAACAUAAUUAGUGCUCAGAAAACACAGGAAGUUUGCCUGAAAUAAACAUGAAAAUUCAAUGAGAAUCUCCAUUUUAUUUGAGGUUAGGCUGAAUAACAAAUCACCCAAUUUAAUAAUGCAGAAGCUCCUUCUUUAAGAAAAUCCAGGCAUCUCAACCUCCUCAUCCUAACAGACAACAGACGUGCUCUUAGCCGUCUAAUCUGCUCAGGUUAAAUAAAGAAGAGCCAUAAAGCUGGACCCUCAUUUCAAGUUAUAAAUACUGGACUGACGUCAAGUUAAAACAAGACCGUUUUUCAACCUGGUACCGCUAAAUACUGAUCUGAUGAUGGCCAAACUGUCACUUAUAUGAUGACGAGAUGGACACGAACAUGUGUCGCUGCAUCCGUAAAUCCCGUGACUCCCCGUCUCUCUGCUCUAACCUGUUUGUCUCCUCCUACACCUUUAAAAACACGCCACAAACCUCGACUCUCUGUCGUUACAUUAAACAAACAAGAGUACACGUUGCUCGUGUUGAAGACUAUUUUCAGUGCGGAUGGAGUGUAAACUCACUAAAAGCUGCUAAGUGGCAGCAGAUGAUGUUUCCGUGCCUCGCAGGGUCAGGCGAGGACAUCUGCAGCGUGAGGUGACUGAUUAACACACCUCUCAUCGAUGGUUUAUAAAAAGAAAUUCGGCUUUCCAGUCAAACAGGAAGUGUGUCUGCGGCAGGGCGUCACAUCCUCUCUCACACUUCUGACUUUGCCUCGACUUUCUGUUAGACUUCAGUCUUGAGGUUUUGUUUCCUUAUUUGUAGCUCAAAUAUUUCUACGGGUCACUUUGAACUCUGCUGAAUGAUCAUGAAAGUUGGUUGCAGCUCUCAAACAAACUCUAUGAAAGACUGAAAAUGUGAAUUCCCAAAAUAUAUUUAGAUUCUGAUGAUUCUGUCCUCCUUUCAGGGUGCUCUACAUCGGCCUGGCCUGCAACACAGCUCGCUACCUUUACAUCUCCUACCUGGAAAACGCCUGGAUCGUCCUGCCCAUGGAGGUCCUUCAAGGUAACGCUCCUCCGUCUGCAGGGAGAACUUCGGAAAUUAGGACCCAGGGGACCGGACAAGAACCAUACUGUGUUUGUCUAACAGGACGCUUAUCAGGCGGCCUUUUUCCUCCUGAUAGCUGCAGGAGUGAUGAAGCCUAGAAAAUACCAAGAUGAACUUUGUUCGUCUGCAGGACGCGUGUUAACGAAGUCAACAGUUCAGGGCAACAGCUGCAGAUUGAGUGUGUUCGCUGAACAUAGUGGAGUUAAAAGUUGACACACGGAUUCCAGCAGAAAAAUCUUAAAAUGUUCUGAAUUUGUUUAGUGACAUGAGGUCACAAAAAGUCUUUAAAGUCGUGUUUUUAAUGGGAAAGGUCAGGACACAUUUCUGACACAUCCAAAAAAAUCUGACCGUCACCUGGACAACCAACUCCACAAAAGAGAGAGAUAAAAAUGUCAUCAAGCUUUAUUAGUAGCUCACUUUGUACACAAUCACAUUCUGCAAAAGGAAGAGUGAAGGAAAGGAAAGUGAAAACAUGCAAGUGAAAGGAAAUUUGGCUUUGAGAUAAAGAAAACAGGGAGGACUGAGUCAAAGAAUGGGGCAAAGAAUAAGACGAGUAAAAAAGCUUUUAAGCCACAGAAAUGAUUUGGUCUUUUUGGAUUUGAUAAUGUCUUUAAAAGCCUUUGUUUUAAAAAGCGUGUAGCACUGUGUAUGAAUCAGAAACUGCAAGAUUCAACAAACAUCUGGGAACUUCUCUGACACAAAAUAAUCAGAUUUGUCAGGUUUUUCAUACAUAUCAGCAGAACAGCGACAGAGGAACCUUUUUUUGUUGUUUGUUUGUUAUUGAAGUGAAUUCGAUUUUUGAAACUGAAGGUUUUACUCCUGACAGAGAACUUUUGACAUGUACUUUUAGGACCCUUUACUUGAGUUUACCUCCACGAACUGGAGGACUCAGAAUUGGAUUUACGUGGAGACUCAUUUAAAACAAGAAUAAGACACGACUUAAAGAAAACCAGUGGACGAUAAGCUCUGAAGAGAUGAAUUUGGAACUCUAGAAUUAUGGACGGUUUGUUUGAGACGUCCGCCCUGAGGAAACGCUGCGGCCUCACAGAAUAAACAAGUGAAAACAAGUUCAAUGUUUCAGGGAGUGUUUUGACUGUGAAACUCGGCUUGAAACAAUCAAAAGUCUAAAACUGAGCCCAGUCUGAGCUGAUAACAGAGAAUAUCAGGAAGAACUCUGACCAGUGAUUUCAUCUGUUAUAUCUUCAGCGUUCUGAUAAAGUGUGGCGGCUGAAAAUGUCUCCAACUCUCCAAACAGGAAGGCUGUUUGGUUUGCAAAAUGAUCGCGGUCUCUAAUUCUAACCAAACUAUUUUUUCCCCGCUGGUGUUGAUUUGAGAUUGUCUGCUCACACCGUCGAAGUGCGUCAGUUUUUUCCUGUUAGACUUCAUUUUAGCAGGUUGGAGUAUUUCUCAGAACUGCAGUUAUUCUUUGACAGGAAAACACAACAAGAGGUUUAAGCACAACAAAUACUUCUGACUAAAAUGUCACUGAAACAUCUGUUUUACACAGUUUGUCCACCAGAGAGCACUGAAAUACAGAUUUGUAUUUAACAUGUCCUCUUUACUUUAACUUUUUAAUCAUCAGAAUCCUUUAAAAUCUGAUGAUGAAAAUGUUAAAGUAAAGAGGACAUGUUAAAUAAAAAUCUGUAUUUCAGUGCUCCCUGGUGGACAAACUGUGUAAAACAUGUUUCAGUGACAUUUUAGUCAGAAGUAUUUGUCGUGCUUAAACCUCUUGUUGUGUUCUCCUGUCAUUUAAAGUGAAACUAAGACGUCAAAGAAUAACUGCAGUUCUGAGAAAUACUCCAAAUAAUGCGUGAAGCCAACCUGCUAAAAUGAAGUCUAACAGGAAAAAACUGACGCACUUCGACGGUGUGAUGAGACACAUUCAAACCGCUGUCAACACGGAGUUACCUCUGACCCUUGUCGUCACUGUGUGUCCUCCAGGUGUGACUCAUGCCUCAGUUUGGGCAGCCUGUAUCUCCUACCUGAGUGCGGCGGUCCCUCCAGCUCUGAGGACGUCAGCGCAGGGGAUCCUGCAGGGCCUUCACCUCGGGCUGGGCCGAGGCUGCGGCGCCAUGGUGGGAGGAGUCUUUGUCAACUUCUUUGGUACGACCAGAUUAUGACCAAAUCUUUUUCAGGCUUUUAUUUUGUUGACAGGAAACUGCAGUGUGUGUUCUGACAAACCGAAAGCAGAUCAUUUCAGCUUCAGAUCAAGUUUGAUUUGAUAAUAAAAGUUUUUUCAGUUUUAAACUUGUCGACACGUUUUUUUUCUUCACAGGUGCUGCAGCGACGUUUAGAGGAAUUGGCAUGGCGUCCCUCGUCAUCCUCCUCAUCUUCUCCUUCAUCCAGUGUCUGACUGGAGAGACUGAAGGGAAAGGUGGGAAACACUUCUUUCAUUAAAGCCCAGUUUUUCUGUUUAAAAAAGUGAAGAAAGAUCUUCAUCUCAGACUAAAAUACAGAAUAAAUGUUCACCAAAGUGUGUCCAAAUGAGGUACAUGUCUUUGUCUUUACAAAAGUGGAGUGCAAGUAUAAUACAAAUUAGAAAAAAAAAGUUCCUUCAUAAAAAAUCAGUUCAACAAGUUUCAGUGCAACAUGUCUUCUGUUUUUUCGUCCUCUUCUUCUUCAGAGGACAAAAUAUUGGCAGAGAACAUCCCGGUCCCCUCCAGCCCGGUUCCCAUCGCCACCAUCGACCUGGUGCAGAGCCAGAAUGGCGUCGGAAGCCCCAUCCCAUCUCGCCAGGCCGCCGUACAGCCCAUCUUGAAGACCAAACACCAGGAGGAGCAGGAGGACGUGAGCAGGCCGGCCUGGGUGCUCUCUGGCGCCCCCUGGGUCACCGUGGCUUUCGCUAUCUUCCAAAUCAGAGAGAUGAUGAACUUGUCGAAGGGGAGUGGACCUCCACCUGAGAAUCGACCACUGCAGGUAAGUUCACAUAAGAUUCAAAACAGGGGAUUGAAAAAGGUCAUUAGCAGACAGAGUUGAUCUUCUGUGCGGGUCGUUUUCUAACAUCGAGUAAAGAGAUGUUGACAAAAACAAAGACUUAAACUUGAAGUAAAAUCAGCUUUGAAAAAUGGCGCUCUACUUAUUUCCAGUUUAUGCAGUCGAGACACCAGAAUGUUUAUAUGACUCUAAUAUACACAGUCUGGUCCCUCGGAUUGUUCUGGUAUUUCAUUUAAUUUAUCUGACUGAUGAAAUGUUACCUAACUUUCACUAACAUGAACUUUUCAUCACUUCCUCCUCUAACCUGCUGCUCACACACACGCACUAAAGAAAGGUGAGACGUUUGUGUGUGCAAAGGUCAAUGGAAAACUACCGCGUGUGUGUGUAUGUGUGUGUAUGUGUGUGUGUGUGCGUGGGGGUGUCCAGGGCUUCAUCUGCGUGUAUGUUGAAGCAUGUGGUGACUCAUCUAUACCUGUGUGUGAAGUGUGUUCGUGGUAUGUGGGCGUGUUCAUGCAUGCAUAUGUGUCUGUGCGCUUCGCAAACUUCCCACGCCCGUUUUCAUGACGUCGUGUGGCUGCAUGGCCUGCCUGAAUGAAAUACUACCCUGCUGAUGUCAUCCCCGCCCACUCCUCCCUCCCUCCCUCCCUCCCUCGCUCCCUCUGGCGGCCAUGUUGGUUGAAGUGCUGAAGAUUUCAGAUGAGGCAGAUUAGUGCAGACAUCAGGGAGGUUUGCUGUUUUUUAAUUUAAGUCAGUUUUUUUUUUUAGAGGAGUUAGCCUUCAGGAUGAUGUAGCUAAAAGAGGCUAACAUGUAGCUUUAACUUAACUUACCGUGAGCCUGCUGAUAUAUUUAUUUACUGCAUGUUUGUAUUUUUGCUCGCUCUAUCUUGUUCUUUGCUUGUUUUAUUUGUUUUUAUGUCACAAUGUACAGCACUUUUUUCUUUUAAAUGUGCUUUAGAAAUAAAGUUGAUUGAUUGAUUGAUUGAUUGAUUACAUCCAGCUAGACAGUCAGCAGAGCUAGCUCUUUGUCUUUGCCUAGAUUAAGGUCAGUCAGUCAUUUUAGAUAAAGUCUAAAACCCUUUUCUGCUUGUUGGGGUCAAAGUUUUGAUGCAGCCGCAAAAUCUCAGCGAACGACUGCUAUGACUGUUUGUUUAUUUUUGUUGCCAGGUACCUAAGGAGCAGGCGGAGCACAAUGAAGUGGGCACGUCAAACAGAAACCCGAGCAGUGACGGCACAGAUCCACCAGGCAACUCAGAAACUCCCACACAACCAAACACCACCCAACCAGCACCACCCUCAGACUCUGACAAAGACAAAGACCAAACACAGCCACCUCCAGACGGAGGAGGGCCUCAAGAAAACCCAGCUUUUACUGCCGAAAACACAACGUGACUGUUGAAUUUGAAAGCUAUUUAAUGUACACUCUGUGGGCUUUUAUUACUGCACAGAUCAUAACAAGAUGUUUUUUCCUCAAAUACAGUCAUAAAGUCUGAGUUACAGUCUGAUGAAGGUCAGAACCUUUAUAAAACACAGCUUAAAUUUAAUCAGUGUGAAAAUACACUCGCAUAUAAUCCUUAAAAGAUUCUCCAAAAUCACUUUAGAAAUACUGUAACUCACUUUUCAGAGACUGGUGGUUUGUAUGAAUGGAUGUGUUUCAAAAGGGGAGUCUGGGAUGGACAUGGGGACAAACAACCUGGAGGUGUGUUUGGUGGCGUUUUUACCUUAAGAGGUGGUUGAGUGUAACUGACCUCGGAGCACUGUGCACUAUAUUUACUGCCUUUCACCGGUGAAGUGUGAAGGAAAUCCUUCAGAUGUAUAAAAACUUGUGCCUCUUGUUAAGUUAUUAUUUAAUUUACUUAUGAAAAGUGAUGAGUACUGACAAAACGGUGGUUUAAUUUAGCACUUUGAUUCCUAACAUGUACAGCUUAAAAAAAAGAAAAACAACAGCUGCUGUCAAAACUGGCUGCCCGUGUGUCUAACCAGUUUUACAACAGUUUCAGAAACAUUUUAGUGUCUUUUUCUGACACUUUUAAAAACGUUUUAGAUCUCCAGAGUCUCCUACUCAUUUUUGAUUGAUAAGGGCUUUUAUUGUGAAGUAGUUGUAGUAGAAAAUAGUUUUAGCGGUAGCUUUGAUCAGCUCAUCGUUUAGAGAAUGGCAUUUUCUCCUUUCGAGCAAAAGUUGGCAGUUGAAUUCAUUUUAGUGGAGUUGAAAUCAGUCAUUCUUGGUUCAGAAGAACUUGAAGUCAUGGAUUUAUGGAGGAUCCAUCUAAUGUAGCAUCGUAGUUUGGAGAAAUAUCAUUGGGAGGGUUUGUUUCAGCGCUAGUUUCCUGUCUGACAUCAACACUGUGGGACUGAAGCUGGUGUUAAAUGAACUGGUUUUAAAGAAGUCUUAAAAGCCUUUUAGAUUUAGUGACAUUUUAAAAACGACUGAGACUGUCUGCGGUUGUUUACGGUGUAAACGGCAGUCCAGAAGCCUUAAGGAGCGUGAAGUUUGAAGUGUUCUUCGCCUCGUGGAGGAGCGAGACUUCCUCGGUGGUGUUAAUGGUUGAAAGCUCCAGAGGGAGGGAGCUGUUCAGAGACACUGUGAUGAGAUUUUCUUAUCGAACUUAUUUCAAAUAUUUAGUAUUAACUUGAAAUUGUUGCUCCUUUUCCCCUUGUGUGCAGAAUUUGUCCCUUCCUCCUCACGAAAGUUAAAUUUUGUGUGUUUUAACAGAACACUGAAGUAGCGGCGAUGAAGACGUGCCUCCUUUAACAUUAAUCUUUUAACUUCUUACAAUGCAAAGACCCUUUACUCUCCUCCUACAUGAAUAUAAUCAACACAACAAACUGAGGCUCUUUUCAAAGCCUGGUUCCAAUAUUUUUGUAUCAAAGCUGCCAAUAAUCGACACGCUAUAUUUACUGUCUUCUUUUCAUGCCAAAUGAUUCCCAGUAUUCAGUGUUUGUUUGUGUCUUCUGGGCAGAGAAACCUUCAGAAAUAGAACUAGAAAAUCUGUUUACAGGAAUUAAAAUCAUUUUAGAAAAAGUGUAAACAACAAUGAGAUUCAUGGAGGUUUUUCAGCCUGUGUUUUUUUUUUCUAAAGCAUUAUCAGUGUAUUUAAACUUCAAAAUAUUCAAUAAAUCUCACAAAUAUACCUCA